UGGAAAAUACAUCAAGGGUUCCUCCAGAGUCAAAAAUUUGAGAAAGGCUGGUGUAACCUGAACCAACAAGUUUAAAUUUCAACAAAAAAGGGUUUUACUAAAGAUUAGAAAGAAUUGCUGCCAGGAUGAUCCAAAUUCUUUUGUUUGGGAGUUUUAAAAGAAAUGCUGGACGAGGGCGAUUAUGGCAGCCAAUUUCCUGUAUCAGGGAGGAAUUGGAUUAAAUGAUCCAAUUUAGGGUUAUGUCCAACUCUGGCUUUUUUAGGAUUUUUGAAGGAUUUAACCUCUGAAAUAUUACAGAACUUCUCAAAAGAACCAAAUACCAAAGCAGAAUCUCUGCAAUAAAAAGCAAGUGAUUGAAAAUUACCUCCUCAGGGCCAGCCAGCUGGGAUGUGGGGCUGUCAACUGAGGCACUUGUUCUGCAGCUUCCACCACCAGCUGAAGAAAGGUCUCCGGAUUCUUCCAGCUUCGACCCACUGGCAUCACACCAUCCCCGCCUCACCAAACUGUGCUUGGCAGUUAAAAGAUGGUCACCUAGAGCUGAAAUACCUGGACACGCUCAUGCGCUUCGAUUACAUCUGGCUUCGUGACCACUGCCGCUCGCCAUCUUGCUACAACUCCAAGACCAACCAACGCAGUCUGGACACGGCCAGUGUGGAUCUCACAAUCAAGCCCCAGGCUGUGCGAGUCAAUGAGACUACUCUCUUCCUCACCUGGCCAGAUGGCCACGUGACCAAGUAUGGUCUAGAGUGGCUGCUGAGAAACAGCUACGAGGGACAGAAGCAGAAAGUCAUGCAGCCACGUGUCCUUUGGAAUGCCCAGAUUUACCAGGAAGCUCAAGUGCCUUCCGUGGACUACAGGAGUUUCUUGGAAACCAACGAGGGGCUGAAAGAAUUCCUGCAGAAUUUCCUGCUGUAUGGGAUUGCUUUUGUAGAAAACGUUCCCCCAACCAAAGAAGACACUGAGAUCUUAGCAGAGAGGAUCAGCUUGAUCAGGGAAACAAUUUAUGGCAGGAUGUGGUAUUUCACCUCUGACUUUUCCCGGGGGGACACAGCUUACACCAAACUGGCUUUGGACCGUCAUACAGAUACCACCUACUUCCAGGAACCUUGUGGCAUCCAGGUGUUCCACUGCCUCCGGCACGAAGGGACAGGGGGCCGGACUCUGCUGGUGGAUGGUUUCUACGCGGCCGAACAGGUGCUCCAGCGAGCCCCAGAUGACUUUGAGCUUCUCACGAAGGUGCCACUGAAGCACGAAUACAUUGAGACCAUGGGAGGCUGCCACAAUCACAUGAUUGGGGUCGGGCCUGUCUUGAAUAUCUAUCCCUGGAACAAGGAGCUCUACCUGAUCAGGUACAAUAAUUACGACCGAGCUGUCAUUAACACUGUGCCUUAUGACACUGUGCACCGGUGGUACAUGGCACACCGCACACUCACCACGGAGCUGAGGAGGCCCGAGAACGAGCUCUGGGUCAAGCUGAAACCAGGCAAAGCCCUGUUUGUGGACAACUGGCGAGUGCUGCAUGGCCGAGAGUCUUUCACAGGAUACCGUCAGCUCUGCGGUUGCUACCUCACAAGAGAUGAUGUGCUAAACACUGCCCGUUUCCUUGGACUUCAAGCCUAGCAUCGCUGGGGCUUCUGAUGGUUGGGAACUGCUGAUUCAGGAAUGGGGAGAAAAAAGUGAAUACCUCACAGAGUUGGCCUCCUGUCACAGGAGAGAGGAGAGGUCCUCCCAGAAUCACUUGAUGGUCAAACAAAUAGUAAACUCUGCUGCCUUUUCUUCACUCUCCCCAUUCUAGGCUCCCUGCUUGGCUCCCCUUGGUUUCCAAAGCCCAGCCAAUUGGCUCAACUUGGGUCAAAUGGGAUUGGGAGCCAUGUAGAGACCUGCUGUGACUCUAAAGGUGCUACAUGUUGCACCUUUUGCUAUUGAAAGCAGUACCGUCCUCUUUUAGACCUCCCGUGUACAAAAAUGUCAAGGAUUUACUGGACGUACGCACGUUCCUGGAAAUCAGUAGAGUCUCAAAGAAAGUUGAUCCAAUUAAUCUGCAAGACAUGUUUGUUGUUGUUCCAGCCUUCUGAGUCUUCCAAAGUUCACAGGUACCCAAUGUUUGAAGGUUAAGCCUCUUCAGGCUUCUUCUCUUUGCUGCCUGCUGGCGAUGUCAAACUUGCCAUGUGAUGGGAAAGUUGCUUCAGAAAGCUUUAGAGCAGGAGCAGGGAAGAAAACACACAGAUCUGGGGAGAGAAGACACUAAAGUCCUGAUUCCCCAGCCCUGUAAAAAAUAAUAAUGUUACUAAUAACGAUAAUGAUAACUCGACAACCACAGCACUGCAGUUCUUUUCAGUUUCCCCUGUUGUACACUCUUGAUUUUGAUAAUGACUUCAACCUUCUCCAGAUAUGCCUUGCUGCCCUUUCUGGGUUGGGCAGAAGCACAGUCCCCGUGGGGGUUUUUCAGCCUGUAGUUUCGUUGCUUUUUUUUCUUUUCUGCUCUUUCCUUUGAAGGACCACUCUUUAUUGACAACAAGAGGCUGGACUUCUCAAGACUUGGAAGCUGGAAGCUGCCAAACCUUGCUCCAGACUAAAGCUCAAACGACUGAGGACAGGGAGAGAGAG